UGAAUAGGAAAACCUGGCGGUGAUGAAGACUGAAAGGCGGCUAAUGUAGCGAAGUAGCUCGUUAGCUAACAUUGGAACUCAAGUAAAAAUACUUAAAAACGUUACUUACAAUUCAGUUCAAGAAAACGGGAAGUAAUAGUGGAACCAUUUGGAUCAGCAUCUUGUUUCUCAGGGGAUACUUUAGCUCUGAACACACUACCCAAGCUAGCUGAUGCAAGUUGAAUGAGUGGAUUAACAGCGAUAUCAUAAAAUCUGAACGGUCGUGACCAGGCUGAAGAUGACGGACUGUCAGGCAGAUGGGUCAGGAAACAUGACCGCCAUGGACCUAUAUGAGAGUCUAACAUCACAAGGAGAGCUAGUGCGAACUCUCAAAACUGAAAAGGCUGUUAAAGCAGACAUUGAUGCUGCUGUUAAAUUGCUGCUGAAACUAAAAGCGGACUACAAGCAGGUUACAGGUCAGGACUACAAGGCUGGAUGCCCACCCUUGGAAAGCACUGUUUUAGAAGACACUGGACCAGCUGCGGCGGUUGAUGGGGAGGACAUGGUUGACCCCUGGAACGUCUCCACCACCAGUGCCAAAGGAGUGGACUACGACAAGCUGAUAGUGAGGUUUGGCAGUAGCAAGGUGGACCAGGAGCUGGUGGACAGGAUAGAGAGAGUGUCGGGAAAGAAGCCACAUCGUUUUUUACGCCGAGGGAUCUUUUUCUCUCACAGAGACAUGCAUCAGGUUCUGGACGCGUAUGAGAAGAACAAGUCUUUCUACCUGUACACGGGCAGAGGCCCCUCCUCCGAGGCCAUGCACGUGGGCCACCUCAUCCCUUUCAUCUUCACCAAGUGGCUGCAGGACACGUUUGACAUUCCACUGGUGAUCCAGCUGACGGACGACGAGAAGUACCUGUGGAAGGAUCUGUCCCUGGAGGAUUGUCACCGGUACGCUGUGGAGAACGCCAAGGACAUCAUCGCUUGUGGCUUUGACGUCAACAAGACCUUCAUCUUCUCUGACCUGGACUACAUGGGAGCUUCCCCAGACUUCUACAGGAAUGUGGUGAAAAUACAGAAGCAUGUGACGUUCAACCAGGUCAAAGGCAUCUUUGGAUUUGGUGACAGUGACUGCAUUGGAAAGAUAGCCUUCCCAGCCAUCCAGGCUGCGCCAUCGUUCAGUAACUCUUUCCCUCAGAUCUUCAAAGGCAGAAAAGACAUACAGUGUCUUAUCCCAUGCGCCAUAGAUCAGGAUCCAUACUUCCGGAUGACCCGCGACGUGGCCCCCAGGAUCGGCUACCCCAAGCCUGCACUUCUGCACUCCACCUUCUUCCCCGCGCUGCAGGGGGCCCAGACGAAGAUGUCCGCCAGCGACGCCAACUCCUCCAUCUUCCUCACCGACACCCCCAAGCAGAUAAAAAAUAAGGUGAACAAGCACGCUUUCUCUGGGGGAAAGGAUACGAUAGAGGAGCACAGGAAAUAUGGAGGCAACCCUGAUGUGGACGUGUCCUUCAUGUACCUGACAUUCUUCCUGGAGGACGAUGAGCAGCUGGACAAAAUCCGCCAGGACUACGCCAGCGGAGCCCUGCUGACUGGAGAGCUGAAGAAGAGACUGAUAGACACCUUGCAGCCGAUGAUAACAGCCCACCAGGAGAGGCGCAAGCAGGUCACCGAAGAGAUGGUCCUAAAGUUCAUGACUCCGAGACCUCUAGAUUUUAAUUUCUAACCACUGUUCGUCGAGUGUGAAAUGUCUGCGACGCCGAAAGGCGUUCAGAACUCAGCAGGGCGGCAACGUUGCGCAACUGAUGGCUCUGUAAAAUAAAGGAAUCGUGAUGUAUAUCUAUUCAUUAUAUUUCUGCGGCAUGCCUGCGCACCGCUGCUCCUAGGCGGUGCCAGAGAACAUCUAAAUGUACUCCGCUAAUGAAGUGAAUUCUGAUUCUGCCAGAAACGUGUGAAAACCACAUGCUACUAAGUUUACAUCUAAUGAACCAGUUGCGAUGUCUUCACCAUGCUACUAAGUUUACAUCUAAUGAACCAGUUGCGAUGUCUUCACCAUGCUACUAAGCAUGGACAAAGGAGGAUGUCUUCAGUUGGUUGAUGUCAUUGCCAAUACUGUUGGGUGAAUAAAAGAAUGACACUGGUCUUGUGAUUGUGCACUUUUAUUCAGUUCAAUAAAAUUAUUUAAAUCUCCAUA